AUGGAGAGCAGUCUCCCAGUGCGCGAUCCUGUGGCCAACUAUGAGAAAAUUAAGAGGAUUGGCGAAGGGACAUAUGGUGUCGUAUAUAAAGCCAGAGAUCGGACAACUGGUGAAAUCGUGGCUCUCAAAAAGGUCCGCAUGGAGCGAGAGCGAGACGGUGUACCAGUCACAUCCAUGCGUGAGAUCAGGGUGUUGCAGACCUGCCAACACCCCAACAUUGUGCACUUGAAGAAGGUCGUGACAGGCAGCAAGCCUGAUUCUAUCUUCCUCGUGUUUGAGUACUGCUCGCAUGAUCUUGGGCGUCUGGUGGACAUGAUGCCACGUCCUUUCAGCCAGUCUGAAGUCAAGUGUCUCAUGCUGCAGUUGUUGGAGGCGGUGGAUUUCUUGCACUCCCAUUGGAUCAUGUCGCGGGAUCUGAAACUGCCGAACCUGCUGCUCACGCAUGAUGGGCGCCUGAAGAUCUGCGAUUUUGGCCUCGCACGCUACUUCCAUGCGCAUGAGGAAGCCUACACACCCCGUGUCGUCACUCUGUGGUACAGGGCACCAGAGAUUAUAUUGGGCCAGGAGACGUACACAGAGGCGGUGGACAUGUGGGCGGUGGGCUGCAUAUUUGCUGAGCUGCUGCGGAAUGAGCCCUUAUUCCCAGCCAAGAGCGAGCUGGAAACUCUGCUACUCAUGACAAACAUGUUGGGCGCCCCGAACGAGCGCAUCUGGCCAGGCUUUUCAAAGCUGCCGCACACUGCCACGACAAAGUUCCCCGACCAGCCCUACAACUAUGUUGAAAAGGAGUUCCCCAAUGUUUCAGUGGCGGGGCUGUCUCUCCUGAACCAGCUGCUGACGUAUGACCCAGACAAGCGCGCCACGGCUCGCCAGGCGCUGAAGCACUCCUACUUCCAAGAGCAGCCGCUGCCCAAGAACCCCUCCAACAUGCCCACCUUCCCCUCUGCCCACGACGCCGACGCGCACCAAUCGCGCUGGCACAACCGCAGGCAUGCAUUUUCUGUCACAUGGCGGAGAUGGAGCAGGAGGAAGACAAGAGCAGACAUCAGUCUGCGAUGA